AUGGAUAAUUUAAAAAAAGUGUUGUGGUCUAUAGAAGAGUUGAUUUAUACGAAUAAUCAAGAUGAAGAUAUUUACGAAAAAAAGGAAAAGGAAAUUAAAGAGUAUUUAUUAAAUUUGCAUAAAAACAGUUUUGAUAAUGAAACAGAAAAAUUGGAAGACAAUGAAAAAUGGCUAAGUGAUAAUUCUACAAUAUUAGAAGAGUUAGUUGUGGAAAAUGGAAAUUUUUUUAAUCUUUUAAAAUUAGUUAAAGAAUGUAAAUAUGAAAAAUGCAUUACUAAUCCAUGGGUUAGUAGCAUAUUUAAGUUAAUAUUAGAAAAAUUUAAAAAUGAGAACUAUUCAACAAUUUACGAAAUAAAAAAAGAAAUAUUUAAUUUUAUUUCUGCUGAAAAAGAGCAAGUACAGAAAAGGAUAAAAAGAACAGAGGGAUUAAAAAAAGGGGCUAAUGAUUUACCUAUUUUUAGUUGCUUUGUUUUUUUUUACGAAAUGAAAAUUUUAUUAUGUUGUAAUAUUUUUUUAAAUAUGUUUGUUCAAUGCAAUUGGACUGGUCCAUCUCUAAUCAUUAAUAAUGAAAAGAUCAAAAAUAAUGAGAAAUCUGAAGAAGAUAAAUAUUUUAACGAAUUUGUAGAUAGCAUAAAGAUAAAGAAUGACGAUUUUUUAAAUUCAUGUUUAGAAUUUUUAUCACUUGAAGGGGAAUAUAUAUACGAAUAUUGCAACUUGAUAAAUGCAUUUUGCUUAUGUAUCAUAUUUUUAGGGUUUCUAAACAAUUUUAGUAAACAUGAUGAUGAAAAAAAUCCACAUGGAAAAGAGUACAAUAAUUUAAUGGCUUAUUUAGAAAAUACUGAAGAUACAAAAAUCGAAACACGAGAAGAGAAAAACAAUGAUGGGGAAAAUAGUUUAGAUUCACUAAUUUUUGCAAGAAGUAAAUAUUUAUGGAAAGCAAGAAUUUAUUUUAUAUGGCAGAGAUUAUUUUCAUCUUCAAGUAGUAACUUUAUGUAUGUAUUAAAAGUACAUAUAAUUGAUACACCUUUUAAUAUAUUUAAAAACAUGAACAUAUUACCGAAUAAUUUUGAUUUAAUAGAAAGAGAUUUUGAUUUAUCUGAAACAGUAGAUAUAUUUAGUUGUAUAAGCGAAAAUGCAGAUGAAAAUAAAAAAUAUUGUGAUUUAUUUUGUGAAAAUUAUAUUUCUGAAAAAUUUAAAAUAUAUAUAUUAUCAAAUUAUGCAGUUUAUCUGUCUUUUUACAAUUAUACAUAUGCAUAUGAUAAAUUAUUAGACAUAUUAUCUGAAAGUAGUAAAUUUUAUUAUACAUUUACUGGUCGCAUGGGUAUAAAAAGAAAAUACCAAAAAAACCCAGCUACUAUUUUAGUGUUGAAAGUCAAAUUGGGAGAUGAAGAAGAUAAUACAUCGACUGUUUUUAAAGAAGUAGAGCCUCUAAGUGAAUAUGAUAUAUUAAGAAGUGAUUAUAAAAUUAUAGAUAACAAGAGUGUGGAUAAAGAAGAAAAUAAAACUGAUUUGGUUAAACAAAUCACUACACAAACUAAAGAUGAAGCAAUUGAAAAGAGAGAGGACACAAAUUGUAUGGCUCUCGAAAAUGAUACACUAAAUGGGAUAUGUAAUAAUGUAGAUGAGAAAAAUUUUAAUACUUGUGAUGAAAAUAAUUGUAUAAAGAAUAAUGUCAAUAAUGAAGAAAUAAAUAAUGAUAUCUCAGAAAACACACCAAUAGAAUCUAAUGGAAAAAAAACUUGGAAAUUGAAAGAUUUCGAUCCAGAUACUGACAUAUUAGAAGAACCUUAUUUUUUUGAUUCGCAAAAUAACUAUUUUAAAAUAUUAUCUUUUGACGAGCAAAUAGCGUUAAUUAAUUACUGUUUUUCUAUAAUACGUUUUAAUCCACAUUAUGACGAAAUAAAAUUUGAAAAACUAAAUGCUAUAAUAUCAAGAUGCUUAAAAAGCUAUGAUGUCAAUAUUGAGAACGGGGAAAAUGGUAAAAGGGGAGGAAAUCAUUUGUUGCAAAUAAAAUAUCAGAACUAUCUUUUACAUUCGUGUAUACUAUGGUUCAAAUGCAAAUGUGAAUCAUUCAGAUUAAAAACUGUCGACCGUUCUCAAGCUCAAUUAAAUGAGUUAUUAAAAGAAUAUUGUAAUGAUGAACCCCUAAAUAAAGAAAGACUAAAGUUUAUUUAUGAUAUAUAUUACCCUACUACUUGGGAAAUGAAAAAGGAAGUAGGAAAUAUUAUGACUAAAACAGGGUCUGUGGUUUCAGCUUUUAAUAUUUUUAAAGAUUUAAAAUUAUGGGAAGAAGCUAUUCAAUGCUUAAUAGAAGCAGAUCGAAAAGUUGAAGCAAAAGAAUUAUUAGAUACAUUACUUGAAAAAAAAAAAAGUCCACCCUUAGUAUGUUUAUACGGUUUAGUAAAUAGGGAAAAUUGCCUUAAAUAUUUUAUAAAGGCAUGGGAUUUAUCAAAUUAUAAAUAUUCUAAAGCAGCUCGCCUUAUAGGGAAACAUUAUUACAACAAAGAGAUGUAUUCGGAAUGUUGUGAUUAUUUAGAAAAAGCAUUAGAAAUAUCUCCGUUAUUACCAGAGAUAUGGUUUAUAUUGGGGUGCGCAUAUAUGAAAAUAGAUAAAUUUGAUCAAGCUAUAAAGGCUUUUACACGCAUGAUAAGUAUGACUAAUGAGAAUACAGCUAUGGCGUAUGGUAAUUUAGCAUAUUUAUAUAUGAAAAAUAAUGUUUAUAAAGCAGCAAAAAUAUGUAUAAAUCAAGCAGUAAAAAUUAAUAAUAAUGAAUGGAAAUAUUGGGAUACUUAUCUUAAAUUAUCUAUUGUACAAAAUGAUGUAGAUAGUUUCUGUUUGGCAUUAACUACAUUAUGCCAAUUAAAUCAAGUCAAACAAAUACAACCUUGGGUAUUUGAUUAUAUAUCUGAUCUUAUUGUAAAUGACAAACAAACCAUAAUACCAAAUAAAACCGGUUUGAGCUAUCUCGACAAAAUUAUUAAAACUAUGAAUGUUAUAUCUGCACACAUUUCAGAAUAUGAUUCAUUCUGGAACGCCUAUUCCUUUUUCCUUUUUGUAAAGGGCGAAUUUGAAGAUUCGUUUGAGGCAAAGAUAAAGGAAAUACGAUCAAUAGAGAGUAUGAUACAGAGGUGUAAUGUUAUAAACAAAAUUGAAGUAUUAGUUUCAAAACAAGUGAGUGCCGUCAAAUUUAUAUAUCACUUGAUGAAAACUCACUAUACCGAAGACAAUAAGGGAAUAUUUAUGUAUCAACUCAAGAAUAUUAUCGAGUCAAUUUUAAGAAAGGAAAAAUAUAUGAACCACAAAGACAUAAGUGAAUUAUCUGAAAUUAUGGAAGUUUUAAAAUGA